GGUUUAUUCCCAGCGCUAACCAUAUCCGAUGAUUUGUAUAAAAUGGCGUCAGCCGAGUUUUUAGAACAGGCUUUGUCCACAAACGUUGAUGAGAACGCCGUUAACGCGAUAGUAGGUUCAUUAGAAAAUCAGUUAGUCACGUCAGUCGCGUCGGCGUCGUCCCAAAACAAUUACGUAAAUGUUAUUCCGUCUCAAAAUUGUAAUAUAACUCCAAACGCGGGCUCUAUAAUAAGUGGACAAAAAUACAUGACUGACCAAAUUAAUUCUAGUGGUAUAGUGAAUAGUGUUCAACCUAAUAUAGCAUCCUCAAGUGUAACAUUUAACAGUGUACAAGCGUCAACACAGCCAACAUUUACUUCUCUGUCAUUAAGUGGCUCUCCUCUACCGAAUGAGUCAUUGAAAGUGAUAUACACACAAGCACAACAUCUGGGUAACUUGGGUAGCGGCGUCGCGCUCCCAGUUCAGUCGUUGGCUAGCGCUUGCAUCGGGCAGACGUCGCAGAGCCAGAUUUUACACGCGGUUUCGGGCGGCAACGUAUUACCACAACAGAGCAACAAAACAAUCGCCAUGCAGAAUCCACUCGUCAUUAAGCAGGGCUCAAACACUGGCCAAGUGGGUAUGCAGACUGGAAUGGUGACUGUACCAAUGACUGUGAACUCUAGCAUGCCUGCUUCAAUACCUAAUGUGAUGACACUGAACAAGCCUGGAGGGCAGAACGUAGUAGUGACCACACAGAAUUUAGGCUCCGCGCAGCCUGCUAUCAUCCCCAAUGUCCAAAUAUUAAACAUGAGACCUGGAGCGCCCGCAGUGGCGGCUCAGAAGUCAGUAGCUACAGUAUCACCCAGAGUGGUGAUUGGUACGCCUCAAGUUGUUGGUACGAGAGCAACUGCUCCAAUAACGCUGCAAACUCUGCAGAGUCUUCAACCGGGACAGCAGGGUCAUUUGUUGUUAAAGACUGAGAAUGGUCAAUACCAGCUCCUGAGGGUGGGCCCCGCGCCCGCGGCCAGCACUCUCACGGCGCCGCAGGCUCAGACCAUCCGGCUGUCUACCGUGCCGGCACAUCCUGGCGUGGCGACAGUCUCUACCAGUGUGGCGGCGCCGGGUCCUAUACCGGGGCAGAUGCCGGCGCCGCCAAUCGCAGCCCCUGUGGUUGCAUCAGCCCCAAGUGUUGCGGUCGCUACACCCACACCUCAACAACCAAGUUCUACGACACAUAUAAAACCAUCGGAUAACACCAAAGAAAAAUGUCGUAAUUUCUUAGCGAAUUUAUUAGACUUAUCAAGCAAAGAGCCGCCUUCAGUGGAGAUGAACGUAAGGAACCUGAUCCAAGAACUAAUCGAUGCUCAGGUCGAACCCGAAGAAUUCUGUGAUAGAUUGGAACGACUUCUUAAUGCUAGUCCUCAACCGUGUCUAAUCGGUUUUUUAAAGAAAAGUUUACCACUGCUGAGACAGUCAUUGGUCACGAAGGAGCUAGUGAUCGAAGGCAUCAAUCCUCCAGCGCCGCAUAUCGCCUUCACUAACAUACCAGCACCCGUGCAACCAGUCCUUGCAAGUGUUACCAAUUCUAACAUCUCAAUGCGCGACGAGGAUAGCUCGAGCCCCACACUGACGCCCCUCCUGCCGCCGGUGUUGCCUUUAGCACUGUCGACCCCCCUCAUCAGCUCCACUACAAAGACGGUUAACGUAUUACCCGUGACGUCCGCUCCAACGCCUAUCGUACAGCCGGUGCAGAAGAGUGGCGGUACGAUAGCCGUGCUGCAGAACAUCCCACUUCACACCAAGAUCAACGUGAACAAAGUGGGCAAAGCAAUGACUGUCAAUAGCAAGACCAAUUUCCCUCGCUCCUCGGUAGCAUCAGCUGCGCUUUCUACAGUCCUCACCCCUGGCAAAUCCUUGCUCAAGGACAAGGAGAAGAAGUCUUCGGGGCAGUUCUCGCAGCCAUUCGUUGACGAUAAAAUGGCUGGAGAUGACGACAUCAAUGAUGUGGCUGCCAUGGGUGGUGUCAAUUUGGCCGAAGAAUCGCAGCGAAUCCUGGGCUCCACGGAGAUGAUUGGUACACAAAUAAGAUCUUGUAAGGAGGAAUACCUAGUACCGACGAGUUUGAUGCAGGCUCGCAUUAAGGCAAUUACAUCGAAACACAACAUGGAAGAAUGUCCUCCAGAGGUGGCUAACCUCAUCAGCCACGCAGUGCAAGAACGCCUGAAGACACUGGUGGAGAAGCUGUCCACCAUCGCGCAGCACAGAAUAGAUUUGCUGAUAAAGUCUGAUAACCGCUAUGAAACCACCCAAGACGUAAAGAGUCAGCUCAAGUUCUUAGAAGAAUUGGACCGCGUAGACAAGAAGAGGCGUGAAGAUUCUGAGAGGGAGAUGCUGAUGCGAGCAGCCAAAUCUCGAUCUAAGAACGAAGACCCGGAACAGGCCAAACUGAAGGCUAAAGCGAAGGAGAUGCAGCGUGCCGAGCUGGAAGAACUACGGCAAAGAGAGGCCAAUCUGACUGCGCUACAGGCCAUCGGGCCCAGGAAGAAGGCUCGACUCGAUCUGCCCGGUGGCUCCGGUGACUCCAUUUCCAAUGGCGCUGGACACACUGCUGCCCCAGGCAUUGCCGGCCGCAGCCAGCUAGCGCUCCGCACGCGCCUGAAGCGCAUCAACAUGCGAGACAUGAUCUUCCUUCUGGAGCAAGAGCGGGACACCAGCCGUUCCGUCAUGCUAUACAAAUGCUACCUCAAGUAAACGCGUGCUCUCGCUCAUCUUGAAUGUGAUUUUUGUGUUCGAUGCUGUACACCAAUUGUUUCGCUACACCAAAUAACUCUCGAGUUGUAAGGGCGUACAUGUAGAGUAUGAAUACGAAGGUAGCGGGACCGCGAGAAGCGUUGGGAGACCUCGAAUACUGCAAUACGUCCAGGGCCAGGGUGAUACUGUAAUUUACAGAUAGAGAAUUGUUGAUUAUGGAUUAUAAAGAAAUGUUGUUGCCCGCGUCCACACUUCGCACUUACCCUGCAUGUGUGCCCAGUAAGCAGCAACAUUACAAUAUUAUAACUUUAUCUGCGAAUAUGUAGAAUUUGGUGCUCACUUUGUUCUAUAUAUUUAAUGAUAAGUUUAUUGUUUACAAUAUCAAGUGAUUUUAACCAGCCUGCUUUUUAAGGGGAUUGUUUUAUUGUUAAACAUGAUUUUGAAUUACGCGUUAAUGAUAAUGUUUGAAAUUAUAAUUAAUAUAAAAUCACUGUCGAUUUUAACAGAUGCGAAAAGAAAAAUAAGUAGUAAAGUUUUACGUAAUUCAAGGUACACUAUAAAAUAAUAUAUUCUAAGAGCCUACUAUCACAGUUAACGAGCGUUUUCAAAUACGUAGACACAAUUUUACAUCAGUUACAAUUCGAAUAUAUAUAUUUUGUUCCCAUUUGAUGAGAUAUAUUGGACACCUGUACGUUUGUUGAGCUGACGCUGUUUUCAUGGAUGUCCAUGUAGAGACAUGCUGCGCAUUAAUCGUUUUUUUUGCAAACACGACUGGGUUGAUGCGCACGCUGUAGUAAUAAUUUGUUAUUGGAUAGUUAUUGUACUUAACUAUGAAGUUUGACACUUGUUUUCAAGAUAAUUCACGGUGUUACAUGAUAGCUAACACAAGGUCUAAGAAACACAGGUCACAGUAUAGAAAAACAAACCAAUUUAGGUAUCAUUUACCUAAUUAAAGUUGGACUUGUUUACACUCUGACUAUGCGUUGUUUGUUCUCUUAAUAUUUUAAAGUUUUGUUAAGUAAUUGAUAUCUGCUUACAUAUCAUAUGAUUGCCUGCUUCAUCAUUCGAUCACUGCCAAGUAUUCUUCCAGAAAGAUUUACACAAACAAAUAUUGCUAGACGAAAGAAAUUUAAAACUUUAAUAUUUGAAAUGAAUAGCAAAUUAGUCAUUUAUACUUAAAAAGUAAAAAUUAAUACAUUCCCAUAUAUAAAAGUUGUAUAGUAAAUAUACAAAUGUUUUAUUUAUUAGUAAUAAUUACAAUAAAGUAAAUGUACAUACAUAGUAUUAUGUAGGUUUUAAUCAUAAUUUUGAGAUAUAUGUUUUAGAAUUGUAAGAAUUAUUUUGUUAUCCGAUGCUAUAGUCAGCCCUCAAUUAAUGUACUAUUUUAUAGUCCUUCGGAGUAUUGCCAAUUAUUUCUACGAAAAUUUGUAACAACUGUGAUAUUGUAAUGACUUACUAAAUGAAGUGACGAUAAUUUACUGACUUUUAUCUAUAAUUCCUUUCAAUGAUUCAACUAUUACAUUUUUGUGUUAAUAUUUUAUUCUCUUGUUACUCAAUCUUAUCUUGUGCUUAGAAUUAUCCAUUCUAUUUUACCUGUUACCAGCAACUGAAACAAAGUUUAGUAAAUAAACUAACUUAAUCUUCCAUUAAUUAGUUUCGCUGACUGUUUGAAGAACAACUUGUUGGAUAGAGAUGAAAAUUAAAUUAUUCAAUGAUUGUAGGAUCUAUAGACAUGAUUUAUAUUUAAGCAAUAAUGAAUAAAUAUUUAAAUAUGUAUAGCACAGAUCUUAUUAUAUUUAAGACGACAUUUUAAACUAAUUAUAAUUAAUUUCUUAUACAAUUUUUUUUAUAAUUACUAACAACCAUUGUUUCUUAUUGGCUGGUUACAUGUUGGAAUAGUACUGAAAUAGUAACUGCACAUAAUCAAGUAUUGUGUUAUUAGGUAUAAUAUAGUUGGCUCUGAUUCUGCUACAUGCCCACUAUCUUAUGAAUUGUUCUUUGUUCAAGUUUUUCUAGUUAGUAGUAUUACAUUGUGUGGUAGAAUAAAAUAAUGAAAUCCGACUAGUUACUUGGAACAUUAUCAUUAUUGUAUUUAUAACUGUUGCAACUUAGCCAAUUUUACAGUCCAUAUCAAGCGCUGCAAUGGAUCGGCACCAACACACUUGUGCAAUAAUAGAUGAUUUUAAUAUUUCGCAAAUAUCAAUUGCCUGAUGUUUUUGCUGGUGUAAUAUAUUAGAAAAUAUGAAGGCACUUGUCAUGUGGUUUAAAGGUAAAUCGCGUUGUGUGAAAAUGAAUAUUAUUAUUUACGAGUUUCUACUGUAACAAAAAAGUGUCUUAACUCCACUGCUAUGUAGUUCCACAUAAUGCGAUUUAACUUUGAAUAUCAAGCCAUGUAAAUAAUUAUAAAUAUAUAAUAAGAAAUGUAAAUAUUUGUAAAUACAGUGUUAGAGUUAAUAUACAUACUGUUACUGAUCAUGUUAUGCUAACUGCCAUAUUUGUUUUAGUAGAAAAGUUGAUUAUGGGAUACCUUUUUAAAAUGUUUAUCAUGCUUGUAAUGUUUAAAUGAUAGCUGCGUUGAUUAUGUAGAUUGUAAUUGUUCUCUAUUGUCUUAUACACAAUCUGUUAAUGUUACUCAAUAAUGCUUUUCAUUCAUGAGGGUUCUUCAAAAACAGAGCUUUGCUUAUGUGUGAGGAUGAAGCUGUUUGUUUGGUAAUGCGCAUACAGACUUAUCCUCCCGCAAAUGUUGAGCUCUACAAUCAUCAUUCGCCGUAGGUAUUGCUGUUGCCAUUCUGUUCAUGUUUAUUAGAUAAAGAAAACUGUAACAAUGAAGACCACCGGAUGCAACAACUUGUAGAUUACUUUAAAGUUUCUUAUAUUUAUUAUUUUAAUGUUAUUGCAUGUAACAUUAUUUAUUUCUGAAAGAUUAUAACAAUGAUAAAAUAUGUGUUAGUAUGACACACGUUUUAUCGUGUGGUUUAAAAGUUAGCACCAGUAACAGUAUUUUCUGUAAAUAGUAGUUAUUUAUUUGUCUAUAGUCUAUGUGUAAUAAACGUUUGAAAGUUUUA